UUGCCCGAGCCACCCGGAGCCUCCUGCCCGAGCUCCGUAGAGCACGGACGGACUCACCACAGCAGUGAGCAUCCCACGGUGCCUCCCUGUGCUGCCAGGAUGGACGGUCGACAGGACAACACCAAGGAGCCCGAGAUCGAGCUCUUCGUGAAGGCUGGUCUGGACGGAGAAAACAUUGGAAACUGCCCCUUCUGCCAGCGGCUCUUCAUGGUGCUGUGGCUCAAAGGGGUCAAGUUCAAUGUCACCACAGUGGACAUGACCAGGAAACCUGAAGAGUUGAAAGAUUUAGCUCCAGGCACCAACCCACCUUUCUUGCUGUUCAACAAAGAGCUGAAAACAGACUUCAUUAAGAUUGAGGAGUUCCUGGAGCAGACCCUGGGCCCACCCACGUAUCCACACCUGAGCCCUAAGUACAAGGAGUCCUUCGACGUGGGCAGUGACAUCUUUGCCAAGUUCUCAGCUUACAUCAAGAACCCGCGCAAAGAAGCCAAUAGCACUUUUGAGAAGGCCCUGCUGCGGGAGUUCCAGCGGCUGGAUGUCUACCUAAACACUCCUCUGCCUGAGGAGAUUGACCAGGACAGUGUGGAGGACAUCACUGUCUCCAAGAGGAAAUUCCUGGACGGAGACCACCUGACGCUGGCUGACUGCAACCUGCUACCCAAACUGCAUAUCAUCAAGAUUGCAGCCAAGAAGUACCGCGACUUCGAGAUCCCAGCAGGCAUGACAGGGGUCUGGCGGUACCUCAACAACGCCUACGCCUGCGAUGAGUUCAGCCACACGUGUCCUGCAGAUGAGGAGAUAGAGUACACCUACGCCAGCGUCGCCAGGAAGAUGACCUAACCCCAGCGUGCUGGUGGCACUGCCCCGGCCGAGCCCUCCAGCUCCGCAGUCCUGACACAGCCAAGCCCCAGCCGAGGGAGGGACUGGAGGGGGUUUAGGUCAUCGCUGCCCCUCGCCUGUCGGAAAUAUCGCCCUGCUUCACAGCCUCCCACUGCUCUUCCUCCUCCUACUCCUCUUCUGCUGGCUGGCUGCAGCCCCUGUGUGCCAACACCGCUGACAGCGUGUACGGACUGGUCCCUACGUGGCUGCAGGGGUAGCUGCAUCCCUGCUCCCCUUCUGCAGCUGCACUUUGAUGGAAGGGAUGAGACCCUGCAGAUGGCUGGGCCAGCCUGCCCUGCCCUGCAGGCCCUGCCCUGUCCCGGCCGUCCCUGUGCACUCAGGAGGGGGCUCCUGGGCUGGAGCUGUUCUUUAUCUGGUCACCCUUCUGCACCCCACAGCUUGUGCUUCAGUCAGUGCUCUCCUCCACCAAGGUAUCCAAGCACCAUCUGAAGACACUGAAAGGUUCUGCCCUGGUAGUUUGUAGUGACAAAUUGUUGUCACUGCCAGAGUUGUAUUGUAUGUCUGAGUCCCCAUGACAGUGUAGGGCAGGAAGAUACUGGGGGUGAUUCAGGAGCCGGUGUGGGAGGGAAAGAGGGCUGCAGAGACUCAUGAAGCUCUGAGGAUCAGGGCAUCCCUCCCAUGUGUGUCAGCACCCAGGGCAAUGUGCUGCUGACUGCAACCUCCCACCUGUCUCCUGUGAGCCAAAAAACCUCUUCCUGCCUUGCAGGACACUGCAGGAGAUGCAGCCAUGUGCAACUCCAGCUUCACCACCCUCUCCCUGGUCUCCCCUGACACUUCAGAUGGAGAUGGAGGCAUGGGGUAGGGAAUUAAUUUGAUUUCCACACCCCAGUACUGGAGAGUACUGGAGAGUCUACGAGAGCCUGCAGAAGCUGCUUUGCAAAGUGUUGUGCCCCUAGGAGACAUGCAGGCAGGUUUGAUGCUCCCUGGUCCAGCAUUGUGCCCAUCCAGUGCUGCUGUGCAAGAGGAGUCAGAGCUGCUCUGCACAGCCAUGGCAACCCUUCCUGCCCACAUGACUCCUCCAGCUCCCCCAGGGGCUCCUGCCAGUGCUCAGCACUGGUGAAUCCACCUAGCCCUCUCCAGCCAGCUCUGUGGGCAGACAAAUACUGUACAGUGAGUGUGGGGGGGACACGGUGACGCAGCCCCCCGGCCCUCACUGCCUUCCCUUCUUUGCACUAAGGUGUGUCCCUGCAAGCCUGCUGCUGACAGCAACGGGCUUGGGGACUGGCUUUGUGAUUGUUGGGUUUUGGUUUGUUUGGGUUUUUUAAACUAA